AAGCCGUUUUCUUCUGCAUGUUUGAAGAAAAUGUUUUCCAUACGUGAUGUGUAUAUUUAGGUGGAGUAAAUAAAAAGAUAGAAAAUUCAGUUAUCAUCCUUUUGGGAAAUAUAUAUAUAAUAUGGUUUUUACAAACAUGCACAGAGAACAAGGCACCAACCAGCGGAAGCCACAUAAAGAUCAGAGAGAUCCCUCCAGAGGGAGGGAAUUGAACUAGUUAGUGUGUGUUUUUCUUGAGGUUUUUGUGCGUGUGGCCAACAAAUGGCUUUGGUUUUUAGUGGUGACUCUGCGGCUCUCUACUUGUAUGUAGUUGUGUGGAUCACCACUGUGCUCUCCUUCUGUCAAGGCAUGCAGGAUGAACAUCCGGCGGGAUAUUAUCGCUACCCCUUCAUCAGACCCGCCAGUUCAUUCUCGCCCCCCCCGUCCUCCGCCGCGUGGCACGCCCAGCCCGGCGGAGAACGGGAAUACGACUACAUAGUAGUCGGCGGGGGCACCGCGGGGUGCCCCCUCGCCGCCACCCUCUCCCAGAACUACAGCGUUUUGCUGCUGGAGAGAGGGGGCACGCCGUUUGCGAACGCGAACGUUUCAUUCAUGCAGAACUUCCACAUCUCGCUGGCGGACGUCUCGGAGACGUCGGCGUCGCAGAUGUUCGUCUCCACCGACGGUGUGUUUAAUUCCCGGGCUAGGGUGUUGGGCGGAGGAACUGCCAUCAAUGCUGGUUUCUACACCCGGGCAAGCACAAGUUACAUCAAGAGCGUUGGUUGGGAUGCUAAACUGGUGAACGAAUCAUAUCCGUGGAUCGAGAAGCAGAUCGUGCACCAGCCACGGCUCAUGCCGUGGCAGAAAGCAGUAAGAGACGGGCUGCUAGAAGUUGGGAUUUCUCCGUUCAACGGAUUCACAUAUGAUCACAAAUUCGGAACAAAAGUUGGCGGAACGAUCUUCGACAAGUUUGGACGUCGCCACACGGCUGCUGAGCUUUUGGCCUCUGCCAAUCCCGAUAACCUUCGUGUUUUAGUACACGCCACAGUUCAGAAAAUCGAGUUUGACAAGUCAGGGAAAAGGCCUAAGGUAAUUGGAGUUGUGAUCAAGGACGAAAACGGGAUGACGCACAGAGCAGUUCUAUCGAAGAGGGCAGGGAGUGAAGUCAUCGUGUCGUUGGGAGCAAUUGGGAGUCCUCAUCUGCUGCUGCUGAGUGGAAUUGGACCCAAGGCAGAGCUCGAGAAGUUCAACAUUCCUUUGGUGCUUGAGAAUGAGUUUGUGGGGAGAGACAUGGCCGAUAACCCACUCAACACGAUUUUCGUGCCUACUAAUGGACCGAUUGAGCAGUCGUUGAUACAGACCGUCGGGAUUACCGAGUUGGGAGUGUAUAUUGAGGCCAGCAGUGGUUUCGGACAAUCGUCCGAUAGCAUUCGUAGGGAUCAUGGAAUUGCUUCAGCUGAGAUAGGUCAGCUUUCAACUAUCCCCCCGAAGCAACGCACACACGCAGCGAUCCACAACUACAGGCGAAGCAAACAAAACCUUCCGCAUGAAGCAUUCAUGGGAGGCUUCAUACUAGAAAAGAUAGCCCGGCCCCUGUCAAAAGGCCAAAUCAGCCUAACAAACACAAACAUCGACGACAACCCUUCCAUCACCUUCAACUACUUCAGCCAUCCGGCCGAUGUGGCACAGUGUGUGGACGGUAUACGCAUCAUAGAGAAAAUCUUGCAGUCGAAACACUUCACCAACUACACGAAGAUGGACAAGGAAACGACAGAGAAGUUGCUGAAUAUGAGUGUUGAGGCCAAUGUCAAUCUCAUACCAAAGCACACCAAUGACACGAAGUCCCUUGAGCAGUUCUGCAAAGAUACUGUCAUUACUAUUUGGCACUAUCAUGGAGGGUGCCAUGUGGGAAAGGUCGUCGGCCCCGACUACAGGGUUCUUGGAGUCGAGCGGCUGCGUGUGGUUGAUGGAUCGACGUUUUACGACUCCCCGGGGACUAAUCCUCAGGCCACGGUCAUGAUGAUGGGGCGGUACAUGGGAGUGAAGAUAUUGAGGGAGAGAUUAGGGAAAGCAGGUGGAGUGUAGAGGGGCAGCACUAAUAACAUAAUAUGUAGCUGUAGGCUGAGUUUGUGUUUUGUUGUAGAGAAAAUUGGUAGUAAUUUCUGUUGUUGGUUUCAUGAGUUUGCCAGUUGAGGAUGUGAAAUUGGCAUCACCACUUCUCUUCGUACUGCCCCAUUUGUCGUUCUUUCUUGUUCAUCAACUAUCUCUAAUUACUUGGAAUUUGCUUCA